AUGUACAUUGCAGACACAAAUAAUCAUCGUGUUCAACGAUGGAAACUUAAUGAUACAGAAGGAGUCACUAUUGCAGGUACAGGAAUAGCCGGGCAAAAUUCGACAAUGUUCAAUGCAACCACUGGACUCACAUUAAAUUCUGAUGAAACAUAUCUUUAUGUUAGCGAUCAAAAUAAUAAUCGGGUUCAACGUUUUAAACUUCUCGUUUAA